GCGUGUCGCCACCUACGGUGCAUGGAGUGCGCAGCACUCAGUUUUAAUGCUGGGCACUGGAUGGCUUUGACUCCUCAAACACUGCAGAAAGUGCAGCCUGUAAAGACAGGCUACUGUCUAAGGAACAAUAAUACUGUAUGUUCAAAAUAGCAAUAUUCAUCUUUCCAGCGGACGAUUCAUCAUAGGUUGCCUAAUCCCCGCGGUGGGUGUUGCCUUAAGCUUACGUGUCAGGCAAGAAGCUAGACGUCCGCAAUCAUAACAGUUAUCUAAGGCGAUGCUAAACGUGAAGUUAGAGACAGGAGGUGCGUCUUUUCCAGGGGUUUAAGUUCGUUAACCCAAGUCAUAGAUGUCAUUAGACCUCAAAUAAAAUUCUCCGGUUUGCGUGUAGGUGCACUUUUUUGAAAGCCAUUUUCCGCUUCCUGAUGACUUUCUCUAUCUCGGCCUGGUUUUGGAGCGAGAGAUUCUGGCUCCCAGAAAAUGUUUCGUGGUCGGACCUGGAGAAUCCACCUCCUGGUGUGAAGUAUCCCCAAGCGGGACAAACGCUGUACGCGAUUCCCCUGGCUGUCGGUGUUUUUCUACUGAGGCUGCUUUUUGAAAGGCUAGUGGCCAAGCCCUGUGCCCACAUACUUCAUAUUCAGACGGGAGUUUCUUGCAGAACCCAGCCCAGUACUGUCCUGGAGGGGUUUUAUCAGUCUAAAACGUGUCCAGACAAGAGGCAAAUAGAGGGACUCUCCAAGCAGCUGGACUGGGAUGCACGGAAAAUACAGAGAUGGUUUCACAUUCGUCGAAACCAAGACAGGCCCAGUUUGCAGACAAAGUUCUGUGAGAGCAUGUGGCGAUUUACAUUUUACCUGGCAAUUCUUAUCUAUGCCAUUCACUAUUUGUGGGUGUCACCUUGGAUGUGGGAUACCAGACAGUGCUGGCACAACUAUCCUUUCCAGCCUAUGAGUCCUGAACAGUACAACCACUAUGCAGCUGAGCUGGCUUUCUACUGGUCUCUGAUGUUUUCCCAGUUCACAGACAUUAAACGCAAGGAUUUCAACAUCAUGUUUAUCCACCACAUGGCCAGCAUAACCCUAAUCACAUUCUCCUAUGCCAACAAUAUGCUAAGAGCUGGCUCUUUGGUUAUGCUUGUGCAUGAUACAUCCGACAUCUUCCUUGAGGCAGCUAAGAUGGCCAACUAUGCCAAGUACCAGAGAUUAUGUGAUGGCAUGUUUGUGGUCUUUAGCAUAAUUUUCUUCCUCACUCGACUUGUCAUCUAUCCAUUCUGGAUUAUUUACAGUGUACUGUUUGAGAGCUGGGAGAUCAUUGGGCCAUACCGGGUCUGGUGGGUGCUCAAUGGGUUGCUACUGGUCCUGCAGAUUCUUCACAUCAUGUGGUUCUACCUCAUCACUCACAUUGCUGUUAAAGCUAUAUUCAAGGGAAAGGUGGCAAAAGAUGACCGUAGUGACAUUGAGAGCAGCUCAGAUGAGGAGACUUGCAGCAGUCACACCAGUAACCUUAAUGGGGAAACUCAUGGCCGCUGAGUCCAAAGAAGGGAGAAUGCUUCGUCUUUUUUUUUUUCCCCCCACUUAAGUUUGCUGAAAUAUCGAAACUGAGAGAGGAUUGGCUGGAGGGGAGGUCCAUGUUUGGACUUAGCACUGUCUUGCUUUGCCAGAUUUACAGUGUAUGAGGUUUACGCUUGUUGCUUACAGUAGUAGACAGAAAUGUGUGGUCUGUGCACCUCACUGUGUUUUCUCAACAUUAGUAGUUGCAGCAAAGAGUGCAUAUCUACACUGCAACUGUCAAAAUUCAUUUUACACAUGUAAAUAGAUUUAAUUAAUAAAUCUGGUAAUAUAUUUUACAACUGUAUAAAAAUACGGUGCAUCUGUCUGUGUGAAUAUACUGCUUACUGUCCUGUAAGCGUAGAAAUUCCAAAUGUCUCUCUUUAAAAUACCAAAGGUUUCCUAAUAAAAUGUUAAAUCAAAUCCAGUGAGUCAAGUGUUAAAGGACUUUUAUUUUGUUAUGACUGUAAUGCCAAUUGUUUUUACUAUCAGUUACUGUGUAGAUUAUUAACAGUCCAUCUAAGUUGCCCAUAGGAGUGGGUGUGUGUGUGUGUGUGGUCGUGUCUCCAAGUGUCAGCCCUGUGAUAGACUGGCAGC